GUCCGUUCGAAAUUCGAACGAAUAUAUUCGUGGUGGUAAUUCAGUGUGUGCCCGUUCUGAGAGCGCGCGACAAGUUUAAAUGAUGCGCAGAACUUGCGCGAAAUUCUAAAUUUGAAUAUUUGGUGUUUUCCUUUUUAUUAUUUUCUAUUAUCCAUGAAUAGAACGUCAGGAUGGAGAAGUGUUUUAUUUUAUUGCUUCUGGUGACUUUCACUUGCACAGAGGACUUACAACGUCAGACGCGAGGAAUACAUUCGAAGAAUUUCUUUGGAGGUGUUUGGGGUAAUCGUCCACCGCUGUUGGAACGAAACCAGGCCAGGACUUCUUGUAAUUGCAAAUGUGGCGAAAGGAAUGACGUAUCCCGUAUCGUAGGCGGAACUGAUGCUGCAAUCAAUGAGUUUCCCUGGAUAGUCAAACUAUCAUAUUUCAAGCGAUUCUACUGUGGUGGUACCGUUAUUAAUGACCGAUAUGUGGUUACAGCAGCGCAUUGUGUUAAAGGAUUUAUGUGGUUCAUGAUCAAAGUGACGUUUGGGGAGCAUAACCGCUGCAACGCGACCACACGACCGGAAACGAGAUUUGUCAUUCGCGUAAUCGCCAACAAGUUCAGCCUCACCAAUUUUGACAAUGACAUUGCAUUACUUCGCCUCAAUGACAGGAUCCCGAUGUCUGCUGCCAUCAAGCCGAUUUGUCUUCCAACAGAUCCAUCGAGUACAUUCGUCGGUGUAUUAGCCGUUGCAUCAGGUUGGGGAACUCUUACUGAAGAGGGCAAGGUGUCCUGCACUCUCCAGGAGGUAGAAGUUCCAGUAAUCAGUAACCAAGAGUGCAAGAACACAAAAUAUUCUUCGUCCAUGAUCACGGAUAACAUGAUGUGCGCCGGGUAUCCGAAGACAGGACAAAAAGAUUCUUGCCAGGGCGAUAGUGGAGGUCCACUCAUUGCAAUUAGCAAAGACAGUAGGAGAGACAAGCGAUAUGAACUCAUUGGUGUCGUUUCCUGGGGCAACGGCUGCGCACGCAUCGGUUAUCCCGGAGUGUACACUCGCGUAACAAAAUAUCUGCCCUGGAUAAAGGAGAAUACUCAGGAUGGAUGCUACUGCUCCGAUUGUAACCGAAACCGUGAACUCACAGCACAUAAUUAUAUUUUGAAAUUAAAUCGUGACGUCAUUAUUCGCAUGGUGUUAAAAAUGUGGAGAUUGUGUUUUGUUUUAUAUCUAUUUAUUAAUAGCGGAAGAUGUAUUAGUAAGGAGGCAUUCCGAUUCAACCAUGAUGCAAGUUUAUAUGGCCGGCAAGCUGAGAAGCAUCUACCGCCCUGCAGAGAUUGCAGUUGUGGUGAACGAAACGAAGAGCUUCGAGUGGUUGGUGGUACCGGAAGCAGUGUGAACGCCUUCCCCUGGAUAGCUAGAUUGAUAUACCACCAGUCCUUUGGAUGUGGAGCUUCUCUUAUAAAUGAUAGAUAUGUGGUGUCUGCCGCACAUUGUGUCAAAGGGUUUAUGUGGUUCAUGUUCCGUGUAAAAUUCGGCGAGCACAAUCGAUGUGAUAGCAAGGCGAUGCCGGAAAUGCGUUAUAUUGUGAAGAUAAUCGCUCAUAAUUUCACCCUGACCGAGCUUACGAAUGACAUCACAUUACUGCGUCUGAACAAACCUGUUGAUUACUCGUAUGCUAUCCGACCCGUCUGCAUACCGCCUAUGGAGAGUAAAACAAAAACAUAUGCUGGAGAAAUUGCAACAGUAGCUGGAUGGGGUGCGAUGGGUGAAACAGGGAAUUGGUCCUGUUCGCUCCUAGAAGCACAAUUACCAGUGCUCAGUGAACAAGAAUGUUGGAGCACCAGUUAUAAUAAAUCAAAGAUUAGAGACGUGAUGCUCUGCGCUGGAUUUCCUGCCACCGCCCAUAAGGACGCCUGCACUGGUGACAGUGGUGGGCCGCUAAUAGCUGAAAACCGUGAACACACAUAUGAUUUAAUUGGUAUUGUAUCCUGGGGUUACGGGUGUGCCAGAAAAGGAUUUCCUGGCAUCUAUACAAGAGUUACCAAGUUCCUGGAUUGGAUAAGAGAUAACACUGCCGAUGCUUGUUACUGUGACAACUGAUUUAAACAAAGAAAUCUUUAUACACAUACUAAAGUCACUUAAAAUAUAUUUGCUUUAAAAUGAUCCAGCAAAUCUUAAUUUACCUCGCUUAUAAAACUCAAUUCAACUUUGUUGCCAAUAAAUUUUAAAUCCUA